AUGACGGCGGUGCGCUCGAUCCUGGAGACGCGCGAGAAGCGAAGCGCGUCGCUGGUGCUGCAGAACUUCAGCGAGCUGCUUCCGUUCGCCGCCGAGCUGGGCGUGAAAUACCAGCUGCGCGUGCUCUCGCACUGCGUCGUCUCGCAGCUGCGCAGCGCGUCGCGAAGCGGCUCGCUCUCUCCGGAGGACUGGAGCCGCGUGUUCGAGCUGAUCGAGUCGAUGCUGUCGCUCGUGGAGUCGCAUCCCUCGCUCUCCCUCGAGUUCUACAACGUCUACGAAGCCAUCCGCGGCGCCAACACGCUGGAGGCCGACCUCCAAGACCUCGCCGCCAGCGACUCGCCCGCGCGCAUCGAGGGCGAUUUGGCGCAGUACGUCGCGCAGCUCGCCGCCGACUACGUGCGAUCGCAGCAGCAGAGCGACGCGCACUCCACCGCCUACGUGGCGCGUCUGCGCGACGAGGUUCGCUUGGAGGGCCUGGCCGCGCGCGUGCAGCGCUACUACGCCGCGCAGCCGCGUCUCUGCGUGCAGAUGGCCUUGCUCCGCGUCCGUCUUCUGUUUUUUCUCUUUUAUCCUGCCUCACCCCCAGCCAUUAUCUCCGCGAGCCCGUCUAUCGCGCGCUCUACUCCACCUGCCGCCCCGCGCAGCCCCCCGCGGAUCUGUUCGCCACGGUGCGCGCGGCGUGCGGGCUGGUGUACCGCGAGGGCAUCGCGGCGCAGCGCCUGGAGGCGGCGCUCUACGAGCUCAUCCACCUCUCGGUGA